CAGAGUCAGCUGAGAGAGCAGCGAUGUGGACGAAAGGGAGGAAAACGACGACGAUGAGCUGCGUUUGAUCGGGAAUAAAAACUCAAGUCCAGCUUCUGGUUUCUGGUUUUCUCUCAGAUUCUAGUUUUAAGGAGGAAUCGAGCUGCUGGCGUUUUGAGUCGAGACCAGUUUUCUGUCCUUGAAGACCUGAAGUCUGGGUUCUGGGCUCAGGUUUAAAAAGACAAAUCCAGAUUUUUGGUUCAAAGACAGACGAGCUUCUCUGAACGCUGCAGAUGAAGCUGAACAGUUUCUGUCUUCUUUCUCUGUUUGGAGGCUGAAGCAGCAGAGCAGAUGGAAGUUCCUCACAGCUGGACGUUGGUGUGAACACAGCUGGAUGAGAGCCUGAAGCCACAGUAGAGUCAAUGUGACAGACAUGAAGAACCUGGACCAGUAUGGACGCAGUCACCUGGAGAGUCUGGUGUGUGCAGCCCUGCCCAGUCUGGUACUGGUUCUACUGGGACUGCUGGGCUCGGUCCACGGCUGUCCCGGUGUCUGCACCUGCUACGGUAACACCACUGACUGCUCUGCUGUCGGCCUUCUCUCUCUGACGCCCAUCCUAACACAGCUGGACCAGGACUCUCUGAUCCUCCGGCUGCCCCAGAACAACCUCUCCUCACUGGGCACCGCUGAGCUGUCCAACCUCAGCCUGGAGCUCCUGGAUCUUUCUCAGAACCACUUUUCCUCCCUGCAACCUGGAGCUUUCACGGGCCUGAGCAGCAUGCGCUUCCUCAAUCUCUCCGCUAACUACCUCGGGGUUCGCCUGGUGACCUCUGACCCCAACAACAGCACAGAGGUCCUGCUGGGCUUGAACGGAAGUCAGGGGAGCGCUGGCCUGAGCAAGGAAGCGUUCAGGGGGCUGUGGCGGCUGCGAGGGCUCGACCUGUCCUCCAAUGGCCUCCUGUGGCUGCCCAAAGGCCUGCUGGAUGGGCUUCAGAGACUCGCCUGGCUGUCCGUGGCCAGCAAUCGGCUGGUGGCCCUGGACCGAGUCACCUUCGAGCCCUUGGUGGGGCUCCAGCAGCUCCGGCUGGCGGGAAACCCCUGGGAGUGCGACUGCAAGCUGAGAGACUUCAAGCACUGGAUGGAGUGGUUGAUUUACAGGGAUGGGCAGGUAGAUGCGAUGCAGUGCAGUCUCCCAGGGGAUCUGAAGGGCAGGGACAUCCGCAGCGUGCCGGCAGAGAUGUUCAGCUACUGCCUGCAGACUCCGACCAGAGAGGGCGCACCGGGUUACGCCACCCGGCCUCCCUGCCCGCCCGGCCGCAUCAACAGCAACGACGACUGCAUUCGCCAGCGCUACCGGCCCGUCAGCGUCCGCCGAGCGCACGGCACGCAAAUAGUCGCGGGCGUGAUCUGCGGCACGGUGUGUGUCAUGAUGGUGGUUGCGGCGACUUACGGCUGUGUCUACGCCUCGCUGAUGGCGCGGUACCAGAGGGAGAUGAAGAACCGCGGGCAGCCUCUGAUGGCCGAGCCCGGAGCCGACACAGACCUGGAGGACGGGCAAAUGUCGUCGCCGACCUCGCCGGAGGAGUCGCCGCCCAAAGAGUCCUGCGGCAUCGUGCACGGGUAUCGAAUCAGCAGCUUCUGACCCGCUGCUUUUUGCUGAUUUUAGAUGCUUCCGGGACGCUUCUGCUCCUCAGCGCUCAUCAACUGACGAGACGGCGUCUGGAGGGAGGAACCCUGCAGCUCUGUGAUUGUGCUGAAAGCGUCUGGGCGGGGACCGAUCGUACAGCUAAUGGAGCGCACUAGAUUCAGUGACACUGGAAUGCUGCAGCACUUCUUUUAAUGUAUGGAUGCUCUGUGAAUUGUUAUUCCCUGCGCUGCAUCUCUCAGCCAGCUCUUAAACUCCUCUGAAGCUGUUGUUUGGCACUUCUGCACCUUGACUUCCCUUCUUCUCUAGAAAUAGGAAACAACCUUUUUUUUGUUCAAGCUGUCCGUUGUUGUAUCUGAGCCCAACAAGCACAAGAUCCAAAAGUACAAAUGUCUGUGAAUCUGUGAAAUGUGACAUUUCUCUUGUUGUUUGCUGCACCCAUUAUCUUGUUUUCUUGAUAUGUGUAUUUUAUGUUAUCUGUAACAUCCCCACUUUGAGAAAUAGUUCUUCCUCUGUUAAGUUGAAUUCCCUCCAAAUAAGAACUCUGUUAGAGUCCUGCUGCUGUCAGGGAAAUGCUGCUUUAAGCUUCAUCACUGAGGUAAACUGCAUUCAAACAACAUUAGAGCUGUGCUGCCACCUAGAGGGCAAGCUUUGAGCUACAACAGCUUUCAAUCCAGCACAAACAGUUUAUUCCCAACAUAGCAAAGCAAGAGGUACUGACUGAAAGUGUGUGUGAGCGUAUCAGCUCAUAUAUACGGUAACGUCCAUGUGUUUUCAUUCAUUUUGUCCAGAUUUUCUGUGAUAAGCACAUGAAAUAUUGUCUCAAAUCCAACUCAAGGACUGUUAAUCAUGCUGAAGAUAAUAAACUCUAUAUUUAUCUAAA